GGCUGGUGUAUUUUUAACGGAGAGGCCGCAGCAAGCGUACGGCGGCGGAGGGGCCGGGCCCCGCGGGCUCCCGCCUCGGGCGGCGGCGGCGCUGCCCCUCCCCGCCUCCGGGGGCGCCGCCGCGGCCAAGGGCGCAGCGGCCUCCCGCCACCCGCCGCGCUUCCCGCAGCCGCCCUCGGCCCGCCGCGCUCCCCCUCCGCGCUGCCCGUGCCCGGCGCGAUGCUGGCGGCCCGCGGGCCGGCCCUGUGCGCCGCGCUGCGGCGGGCAGCGCCCCGAGGCCUGGCCGCCCUGCACGGCUCGGCCGCGCGCCGCCGCCCCGCCCGCGUCGCUGUGGUCUUGUCUGGUUGUGGUGUCUAUGAUGGCACAGAAAUUCAUGAGGCUUCAGCCAUACUGGUACACCUUAGUCGUGGGGGAGCUGAGGUUCAGAUGUAUGCUCCAGAUGUUCCUCAGAUGCAUGUCAUUGAUCACAGUAAAGGGCAGCCAGCUGAAGCUGAGUCGAGGAAUGUGUUAGUGGAAUCUGCAAGGAUUGCUCGAGGUAAAAUCACAAGCCUGGCUAAACUUACAACAACAGACCAUGAUGCUGUGAUAUUUCCUGGUGGAUUUGGAGCUGCUAAAAACUUAUCUACCUUUGCUGUUGAUGGGAAAGAUUGCAAGGUGAAUAGAGAAGUUGAACGUGUCUUGAAAGACUUCCACAAAGCAGGCAAACCUAUUGGUCUUUGCUGCAUUUCACCAGUGCUGGCAGCAAAGGUUCUCCCUGGUGCUGAAGUAACUGUGGGGCAUGAAGAAGAGGAAGGUGGCAAGUGGCCUUAUGCUGGAACUGCAGGAGCCAUUAAAGAACUGGGAGGAAAGCACUGUGUCAAAGAAGUAACUAUAUCCUUUCCUGUUAACUUCCAUGUUGAGAGACAGUUUAGUAGUGUGUUAUUGCAGUAGUAAAUACAUAUAGGAUCUGUGCUUUUCUACUUAGUGUUUAGUGGGAAUGUAUAGUGUAUAUAGCAUGUGAUAUGGUGCAUGAUGAGGUAACGUUGUUUCCCUUACACAGCUGCAUAGUUAAAGUAGUGCUCUACUGUUUUGGUAGAACUCCCUUGGACGCCUGGUAAUAUAGGCAGGCUGGAAAUGCUGGGUGAAUUUGCACAUAUGAUUGGCAUGAGUCACAAGUGGUUAGUUUUCUUCGAGAUUUGUUUUUCUUUUCCUGAAGGCUAAAGCUAUGAUCAAACAGUCCCCAGAGGCAUUUGCUUACAGGCAGUAAGUUUCCCAAGUUUCCUUGUGUUUCUGAAUGAUGUUAUUCCCACAGAUUGCUCUUGCAGUGUUUGUAUUUCUGGCAAAAUAACUUCUAAUAUUUCAGAUUAUAGGCUGCAGUUGUCUUUACAGCUGGACAGUAAUAUAUUUGGAGGUGCUUAUUUAAGGGGUAGUAGAGUUGUAAGGUUUUGUCAGUGACAGUUUAUUUUGCAGAUAGCAUCUGGAAGUGAGGCAUAGGCUGUGUUUUCCUUAACUCCCGUCUACGAAGCUCACGUGGAUACAAAGAACAAGGUGGUAACUACCCCAGCAUUCAUGUGUGAAACAGAAUUACAUAAUAUCUUUGAUGGCAUUGGGGCCAUGGUGAAGAAUGUGCUAAAGUUAACUGGCAAGUAAAGUGGCUAUUUCUAAAAGUAAGAUUAUAGAAAAGUUUAAAUUUAGGGUAUAGUAUCCAAAAAAAUGGACCAAUGGAAGCAUUUUCACCUGCUUUUGCUGUUCACGCUCUAAUAAGUGCUGAUACGAAACUGAUUGAUUCCCAGCUGUGGGGAUUUCCAAAUGCUUUCCAAGGGAGAGGCCUGCAGAAUGGCUCACAAGAGUAUGAGCAGUCUGGCCUGAGACACAGAGCAUUUCCUUGAGCUUUUUCAAAUGGAGAGAGCUGCGUGGAUGUGUUCAGAAACUGGUGAUCACCUGGCACCAAUGUCAAAUCAUUUCCAUGAGGGCAAAAAAAGACUAAAGGCCUUUCCAAAGAUGGGGGCAGAUGUGUUGUAGGGGCAUAGCAGAUGGAGUGGCAGUAUAUCUAGUGGGCUAAGAAUGGGAAUACAGAGGCAAUAGUGCGUGGUUUAUGGUUUAGGCAAUUGGGCCCAUAUCUGUGAACUAAAAGCCAGAAUCAACUGUGGUAUAGCCAAGGGAACAGACAUCUUCCACAUCCUAAUGUUACCUCAACAUUAUUUAAAACAUCCGUGUUCUAUUUUUCUGUUUUAAAGAACCCCUUUCCCCAGAGGAGCCAUUCUGAAUAUCAUCAGCGGGAUGCAUCUUAUCUAUCACAAUACUAGCACUUUGAAAAAUCCAUUGGCCCAUUAUAGCUAAAAAUGGUCUUGUCAUGAAAGAGAAAAUAAUCCACUGAUGUGACGCACAGUUUUUAGGAUAAUGUCCUUUUUAAAGUAGUUGCAUGAUUAGCAGUGGACAAAAAACAAAUCUCAAGUUAUACUCACUUUCCUCACUUUAGGGUCAUAGAGCUUUCUCCAAAGAAAUAUUGAAUGUCUGGAAAAAUGAUGUAUAAAUAAAUUAAUUUCUGCCUUUA